GUCAACUUUACACAGUGUGGUUACAGCGGAUUCACGUCGCCAUGGCAAGCCGAAAGACUUCGCCCCAAAAGGGGGACAACGGGGACAAAUACUCAGUACUGUUACCUACCUACAACGAAAGGGAAAACCUCCCUUUGAUAGUGUGGCUUUUGGUCAAGUACUUCGGUGAAAGUGGAUAUAACUACGAGAUAAUUGUCAUUGACGACGGAAGCCCAGAUGGGACACUGGAGGUGGGAGAGCAGUUGCAGAAGAUUUAUGGGGAGGAUAAAAUACUUCUACGACCAAGAGCGAAAAAAUUAGGCCUAGGCACUGCCUACAUCCAUGGCAUGAAGCACGCUACCGGGAACUACAUCUUCAUAAUGGACGCAGAUCUUUCCCAUCAUCCCAAAUUUAUCCCAGAAUUUAUUGAAAAGCAGAAGGAAGGUAAUUACGACCUGGUGUCUGGGACUCGAUACCAAGGGAACGGAGGCGUGUACGGCUGGGACCUGCGCAGGAAACUCAUCAGUCGGGGGGCCAACUUUUUGACUCAAGUGUUGUUGAGACCCGGCGCUUCAGACCUCACAGGCAGCUUCAGGCUGUACAAGAAAAAGGUGUUGGAGAGUCUGGUGGAACGGUGCGUGUCCAAGGGGUACGUCUUUCAGAUGGAGAUGAUCGUCCGCGCCAGACAGCUCAACUACACAAUCGGAGAAGUGCCCAUUUCCUUUGUGGAUCGAGUUUACGGAGAGUCUAAACUUGGAGGGAACGAGAUUGUGUCAUUCGUGAAAGGACUACUGACGCUCUUCGCAACGACAUGACCAGCGACACACUCCAGUUUGGGAAUCCCACGGUUACAUAGAAUCCCAUUUGCUCUUAAAGUCGCUGUAUUUAAUACAGUAGUUGUAUCAGAAUCUCAGUGGAGGGAAAAAGCUCCACUUGCCUGUGGUCACACUGACAUGAUGGCAGAUGACAAGGCAGACAUCUCUCUAUCCUGUUAGCGACAAAUAGAAAACAAUUCCCUGUCAGUAGCCGUCCUGACUGAAGAAACAUAGUGCUUUACAUUCCCAUCAUCCUCUCUAAUGAAUUUUGAGCAAAGCACAGUGUCUCAUCCAUUCCCAAACCAGACAGCUGAGCGAACUGUGCAGUAACACAGUGUCAGAUGGGUUUAAGUACGCACUGCUACACCUGUGAUUGUUUGUAUCAAAUUAAACACUUGCACAUUG